AUGUCAAAAGCUUCAGAUAGCUGGCCAGGGACCACCAGAAGCCCCAGCGAUCAUGAUUUUGCCUCUGAGCGCACACCACUUCUACAUCCGGCUUCAAAAUCAGAUGUUGAGAGUGCCUCUUCCACGCUUGCGGGCUCUGAAGUCAGCUCGGACGAAGGAGGCGAGAGGACAAUCAUCUGCAAAGAGCCUUCAUUUGCAUGGCUGGCGCUUGUUAUGAGUACCGCCUGGUUCGGCGUCUUCCUCGGCGCUGCUGAUACCACUGUCAUAGCCACCCUUUCUGGUCCUAUAUCAAGCGAGUUCAACUCUCUCAGAUUACUAUCGUGGCUUGCUACGGCAUAUCUUAUAUCCAAUGCCGCGGCUCAGCCAAUAUCAGGCCGGCUGACGGAUAUCUUUGGCCGAGGCCCUGGCUUAGUUUUCGCCAACCUUGCCUUUACUGCUGGCAACCUCAUCUGCGCACUCGCCACGAGCCAACAAGCCAUGAUAUUUGGACGUCUCAUCGCUGGUAUUGGAGGGGGCGGUCUAAUGAGCAUUCCUACAUUUUUGGCCUCGGACCUUAUUCCACUACGUAAGCGGGGUGUGGUUGGAGGGAUCGCAAACAUCUGGUAUGGGUGCGGCACCAUGACUGGUGCUGUUCUCGGCGGCUAUCUCAAUGAUCACUCCUCAAUGGGCUGGAGGCUAGCUUUCUUAAUUCAAGUUCCACCAUCUUUCAUCUCAGCCAUCAUCGUCUACUUCUUAGUCAAAGUACCACCAAAACAAUCAGAUAAAACGUACUUGAAACGUAUUGAUUUCGGCGGUGUCUUUCUGACCUCGUUAUCUCUAACAUUGCUGGUACUGGGUCUCAGUUUCGGAGGAAAUGUCGUACCUUGGACACAUCCUCUACCACCCACAGCCAUAUUACUCUCAUGCGGAGUAUUCGCGGCGCUGUUCCGUUGGGAACAAACUGCAGUUCAACCCAUCAUUCCUGUCAAACUUCUCUACAACCGUACUGUCCUCACAUCUUGCUUAGCUAGUAUCUUUUGCUCCGCUAUUGCACUUACCAGUGUGUUUUAUAUACCGCUUUACCUACAAGUGCGAGGCGAUUCAGCCACGACUGCUGGAUUGAAGAUCCUCCCAGUCUCUCUUGGGACGUCCGCCGGAGCGCUCAUUACGGGCUACCUGAUGAAAAGAACUGGCAAGUAUGUCGGGCUGGUGAUAAGCUGUGUGCUUGCCAUGACAUUUGGAAUUGCCAUGUUCACAUUUCAAAACGAGUAUUCCCCAGGCUGGUUGACAUCCAUUGCGUUCUUGAUUGUCGGUGGAGGCUAUACAGCAGUUUUCGGAAUCACCCAAGUGGCAUGUGUGGCAUCUGUAGACCACACACAGCAAGCAGUUGUCACUUCUUGUACUUAUCUUGCUCGAAGUCUAGGGGGCACAAUUGGCAUUACAAUUGCUUCGGUCAUCUAUCAGGGUAAUCUUCGAAAUAAUCUCUGGGAGAGGUUUGGGGAUAUGCCAAAUGCUACCGAGAGAAUUCAGAGACUUCUGGAUGAUAUGGCAGAACUGAGAAAUCUGCCGACUGAUUGGUUUGAAGGGGUUAUCCAAUCGUUUAUGGGCGCAUUCUUAUGUGUCUGGCUACUAAUGCUCGCCUGGGGGAUCCUGGCCUUGAUCUUUAUAUCCCCGAUAAAGCAGCAUCAGCUCCACGCAAACCUGGACAGGAAAUAAGCAGAUGUCUUAAUAACCAGGAGACUGAGGCGUGGCAUUCC